AUGGUUGACCCUGGGCCCACUAUUCAUGGUAUCAAUGCCUCUACUACUAUGCUGGGUUAUAUGGGCAUGUCUAGUAGCUCAACCUUCGCUUCCGCUACAGCUCAGAUAUCUACAGUUAGCACCAACACUACAUUCGUCGGUGGCAUUGGUCCUUAUGGAGGUUCUGGUGGAGGUGGCAGCGGAUCUAGCCCACCUCCACCUCCUCUGCCUUCUAAUCCUGUCCUAAAUACAAUCUUGCAGAACAUGGGGCAGUUGGAGUUGGAGCUGACAAUCUUAGCCUCUUCUUCUGGUCAAUCAUUUGUGUCUACAUAUUACAGGAAGAGUCCCUUUGAUAUCACCAUCUUGAAUACCAUCCUUCCGACUGUCGCUAAGUCCCUGAAAUUUGAUAGGUUCAAUGGUGAUGGGGAUCUAAAUGUGCACAUAGAUUCCUUCAUGACUAUGUGUAGUGAUUACCAUAGUCUAAACUUCGUUCUAUUGAAGUUAUUCUUGUGUUCCCUCAAGGGGACAACGUUAGAAUGGUAUAGCUCCUUACCUGACUAUUCUAUUCAUAACUUUGAUCAGCUUAUAGAUCUAUUUCUCAAGCCGUUCCAGGCAAACAUUGGUAGCAAGGUCACUAUUGGAGACAUUGUUCAUUGUAAACAGAAACCUAAUGAGAAGAUCACAGACUUCAUUUCAAGGUAUCAAGCUAUCUCCACUAAGAUCUCAUUUUCCCUUCCCGACGACGACCUGCAGAGAAUGUUCAUCGACAAUCUACAGUCGGCAUUGAGGGAAAAUCUAUCCCUUAACUGA